AUGAAUUUCUCUUUCUAUCUCAUUUAUAUUUAUAUUAUUAAAUUUCUCUUUCUCAAUCAUGCCCAGCUCCUCAUUCUUCGACGCGACGCUCGCCCAGCUGUCGCAGCUUUCUGCGCUGCGCGCGUGCAACCCAGACACCAAGGCACCCGAGGGAACUCAGUACCCGCCGGCCAGCUACGACUUCAAGGUACAUUUCAACACAACACAUUCCUCCAAAAACAAAAACAUAAGGCAAUUCACUGACUGGCUAGAAUAUAUUCAUAAUACCACCGAAUAGAUGCCAUCCAUCCAGCCGGCCGCCGCGUCAGCCAGAGUUCGCGAGGACAACUUGUCGCUGAACUUCCGCACACUCAAGGCGCCCGUGAGCAAAUUCACGCUUGAAACACCGUCCAUUCGCACGGUUUCGCAAGUGAAGAAGCACCUUUCGCGCCUCUCUAAUAUUCCUGCAAACAGCAUGCGGCUGGUCCUCAACGGCAAGGGGCUGGUGGACUCCAAACUGAUUGGCGACUACGCAAUCCAAGACAGCUCUGUCAUUCAAAUCAUUAGCAAACCCGCCGGGGUCGGUAGCGGUGACUCACUGGUGGGCACCGAGGAGGUUGAAAGCAAUCCGCUUUCGAGCGCCCUGAAGCAGCAAGUGGAGACAGAGUCAGGUGAUACAAUGGAUGUUGACAUGGAGCGCCAGCAGGAGCCCACGGCGGAUGCGGCGAUUGACAACGAACCCGAGCAGACUAUCAGCCAGAGCACCAAGGAGCAGCUGAAGCAGGUGGGCAGCCCAUUCAGAAUCGCUCUGCGCGAGCUAGUCUACGGCAAGUUUGACAGCAGCCAGGCGGCAGCCGUAGACCAUGCACUCGAAGAGUUCUUAUGCAAGCUUUGAAGAGCAUUUCUUUUAAAUUGAUGUUUUAUUGCAUUCUUCAUUUA